CAAAAGUCCUCCUCUACUCUCUCGCUCUCUCUCCUCACACCAAAAGUCCUCCUCUGCUACAGAGAAACGGCCACUCUCCCUGGCGCCGACGGCCCCCUCCGGCGAAGCGUUAGCUCGAGCUCGGCGUGAUAGAUUAGCGGCUUAAUUACGUGCUAGCUGGACAAGGACAUAUACACAGCUUGAAUUUCCUGUCUCGUUGCAACAAAGCUCGGAAAGAUGAAUUAUCGGCAUGACAGCUUUUUCAAGCAGACAGAUGCUGGGUUUGUAUUGCAUGGAGAUGUGACCAGUGAUCACUUCUUCGGAACAGAACCAAAGCAAGGCAAUGAAUGGCUCGGGGGUGCUACUGGACAGAAAUCACUCCCCAUUAAGAAACAAGCUGUGGAAGAUGUUACGAUCAUACCAUCAAUCCAAGGAGCUUCCCUCACGGAUAAUUCCGUACAUACCAAUGACCGACUAGUUGCUGCCAAUGUUCAGGGAAAUAUCGCACCAUUUGAUGGUACAAGUGAUAUGAAUUGGGAAACAAACGACCUCGAAGGUCAAAGUUCCGAACAUAAUCCAUCCGGAAGUUCACCUUUGUCACAUGGGAACAAGAAUCCCAUUUUUGGCGGUGUUGAGGAUUUGCGAUGCAGUCUAGUGAAAGCUUCCAAUGACAGCAUGUCUUUAACCAUGGGAAAUUCCUUUCCGAUGGGUUGGUAUGAGAAUCACAACUACAACGACCACAGCUCCCUAGAGGUCCCGGCAUCCAUUAACAUGUAUGACAGCAACCUCAGUGACGAUUUUUCUCUGCCGGGUGAAAAUUUCAUGAGAUUGAUGGUCGCAUCGUUCAACCAAGAAUAUGAUGACGACUUGAUCCGUCAGACAACAGAUGAUAAGGCCAAUGGAAAUGUCAUUCCUUCUGGUCUGCCUGACAGAAGCACAAAUUUCAUUCUCCACUAUGAAAAUGCGGACAGUAGCGCUUAUACACCGGUCGUGGAUCCAUCCUAUGAGCCUGUUACUUUCACUCUGAUGGGGCACAGCUUCCACCAAGAAAACGGAAGUUUCCUUCCAUUGGCUUCUUCCUACCCUGAGGAAAGCAAUGCUCCAAUACCAACGGUUGAGACGUCUGACGAGCAGAUUGCCAAUCUACCAGACAAUGCUGUGAAUAACAAUAUCAGUUUUGGAGAAUUUCAGGAAGCACCUGCAAUGAGCGCUUCUGGAGGGCACAUUAUCAGCUUCGAGCCACUGAAAGGAAACCAGAAUCCUGUCCAAGCUGCUGCGAUUCCAGCCUUGAAUGAUGCAGUUGGUUCAGUUGCCUAUCCAACCAUCACAACUGUAUCUCCCAUCAAUCCCUAUGAGACAAUGAACCUUACAAAGAAAAAGCUGGGGAAACCGAGGGACCUUGCCACAAUCGGCUUCCCUACAAAUGUCAAGAGUCUGUUAUCAACCGGUAUCUUUGAUGGGGUUCCCGUGAAGUACGUUUCCUGGUCACGCGAAAAGCGUCUCCGGGGAAUUGUAAGUGGAACUGGCUACAUCUGCGGCUGUAAGGAGUGCAACAAUGUUCGGAAAAUUAAUGCGUACGAGUUUGAGCAGCACGCUGGCUGCAAGACCAAGCAUCCAAACAAUCAUAUCUACUUUGACAACGGUAAGACCGUAUAUGCAGUUGUUCUGGAGCUAAGGAAGACUCCCCCCAGUAUGCUCUUCGAGAAAAUUCAGACGGCAACUGGGUCUGCCAUUAAUGAGGAGAACUUCCAGGCCUGGAAAGCUCGUGAAUUCGAGAAGAUCUACAGAGAAAUUGAGGCCAGUAGGACAUGGAGAGGUGUGCCAACUGCUGCCAGCAGUGGCUGAGAUGGAACGAUGCAUAGUUCAGUGCCCUCUUGAUCACCUCACCAGUGGCAUUCACCGCCAGUAAGUUGAAAGUUUAGAGACUGUCGGGUUUCUCCCGUAAUUUAAGCACAAGGGUGCUCGAGACUCUGCUUUGCUUACCUUUCUUGAACUAUGUCUCAACUUUAUCAGGAACCUUGAACUAUUUUCAUCGCUUGUAUACAUAUACAUGCUUGAAUUCUUGCUGGUUAAGAAAUUACUAGAAAAAGUUCCUGAACACCUCAGAGAAUAU